AUGAAAAACAGACACGCCCACCUGAAGGCGACGCCCACUGGAACCUGUACAGGGGCGGAGCUUGGAGGCGAGCUGCGAGAGGAUUGGCUGGUGGUUAAUGCAGCGGUGUAUCUGUGGAACUAUAACAGCUGGCUGCUGACCAGAGGAGGACAUCGGCUCCUUCUUCCCACCUUCAGACGCCUGCUGGAGCUCCUCAGACAGACGGGGCAUGCAGGGGAGGUGGUUCUUCUGGCGCUGCUCUGUGACUCCGUGGCUCAGGGACUCGUCCAGCCGUGGUGCGGCCGCUCGGUUCGCGUCGAGCAGGAAGCGCUGGAUGCUGGGAAAGGAGGAGCUCAGCCUCCCGCUGAGAAGACCAAGAAGGUGCGAGGGAAGAGCGUGGAGAAGUCCGGCUCGACCCACGGCCCUCAGCUGGACACGGCCGCUCUGCUGGACGUUAAGACAGCUCUGGAGGUGUGUGAGUUUGCUCUGCGUCUCCGAGUCGUUGCCCUCGCUGUGAUGAAGCAGCUCUUCAGUACAUGGGUCUGUGUGAAACAGCUCCUUCAGCAGCAGAUCGGACACAAACUGGACAUCAACGAUGAGAGCGAGGCGCUGAGGGCCGUGUCCCGUGUUCUGGUGACGGUGGAGAUGUUUCGGUGUAACAGGAACCCCAGACUCAUGCAGUUCUCCGUUCCCAGUCUGUCUGAGCUGGUUGAGAUGACGUCGGCCGGUCAGUGGUCGGAUCCGGUCGUUGAGCUGUACGUCUGGACACAGCUCGCUCUGUUUGCUCAUCAGACACAGGACCGUGACCUUGUCUGA